CUUUAUAUGGAACAUCUACUUGAUUUCGCGUCUUUUCACAACUUUUCGCGUUCGAACCAUGGACACCAACAACAACAGCGCUUUUAAAAAACCUCCAAAAUUACAACCUCCAUUACAACAAUUGCAACAUUAUAAUUCUUUAAAUAAUCAAUUAACUAGGUUACAGCAAAAUAUGGCGAAAUUGGAAGAAAAUAUAAAACUUACGGUAGAACAAUUAAAAAAUAUUCAAAGAUUUGGUUUAGCUCAUGGCGCUAUUUUUAUGGCUGCAAAUCGUACCAUGCGUAAUAAUGCUUCGUGAUGUAAGUCAACUUUCUGUCAUAAGUAGGAAAUUUUGAUUUUAAAUUAUAGAAAAAAAACAUGUUAAUUCAAUAUUUUACCGCAUCAGUUCCACAAAUCUCAUUGUUGAAUUCGAAAAAAGCACGGAGAGAACAAUUAAUAGUGUUUGUAAUUCACGAUUAUGACACGAGUUAGUCAACACAUUAUUCAUCGAUCGUAAUUUUUCUUAAUAAAAUUAUAAUAAAUUUAAUACACGAAAAAAAUCAAGGAUCUUAUAU